AUGAGCGCAGGCAAAGGUGAGACCCGGGGGGGGACCUGCCUGGAGCAGGGGGACAGCCUGGCCCCCCCCCGCUGCCCCAGCCCCUGUGCCUGCAGCUUGGACGACUACAGCGAGGAGCUCAACGUGUUCUGCAGCCCCAGCAACCUGAGCCACCUGCCCCACGACCUGCCCCCCAACGCCAAGGCCCUCUGGCUGGACGGCAAUAACUUCACCCUGCUGCCUGGGGCUGCCUUCAGGAACCUCUCAGCCCUGGAUUUCCUGGACCUGCAGGGCAGCCAGCUGGCCGUGGUGGAGCAACACGCCUUCCACGGGCUGAGGAGCCUCUACCACCUCCACCUGGAACGCAACCGCCUCAAGCACUUGGCUCCCCACACCUUCCUGCACACCCAGAACCUCGUGUCCCUCAGCCUCAACAACAACUGCUUCAGCAAGGUGGAAGAAGGGCUCUUCGCUGGGCUCUCCAACCUCUGGUACCUGAACCUGGGCUGGAACUCGCUGGUGGUCCUGCCCGACAGGGUCUUCCACGACUUGCCCAACUUGAGGGAGCUGAUCUUGGCUGGCAACAAGCUGCCCUACCUCCAGCACCAGCUCUUCUGCAGCCUCACCGAGCUGAAGGAGCUGGACCUGAGCGGGAACGCCCUCAAGGGCAUCAAGGUCAACGUCUUCGUCAAGCUGCAGAAGCUGCAGAAGCUCUACCUGAACCACAACCAGCUCAACGCCAUCGCGCCCCGCGCCUUCCUGGGCAUGAAGUCCCUCCGCUGGCUGGACCUGUCCCACAACCGCCUGGCCUCGCUCUUUGAUGACACCUUCCUGGGCCUGCCCAGCCUGCACGUCCUCCGCCUCUCCACCAACUCCAUCACCAGCCUGAGGCCCAGGACUUUCAAGGACCUCCAGUUCCUGGAGGAGCUGCAGCUGGGGCACAACAGGAUCCGGAGCCUGGCAGAAAGGACCUUCGAGGGGCUGGGCCAGCUGGAGGUCCUCAGCCUCAACAACAACCAGCUGCAAGACAUCAGGGUGGGGGCCUUCCUGGGGCUGGACAACGUGGCCGUGAUGCACUUGUCAGCCAAUUGCAUCAAGGUCCUGCCCAAUUAUGUCUUCAAGGGGGUCUCCAAGCUGCACAGCCUCCACCUGGAGCACAGCUGCCUGGGCAGGGUCCGGGCAAACACCUUCUCCGGCCUGUCCAGCCUGAGGAGGCUCUUCCUGCAGCACAACAUCAUCUCCUUCAUCGAGGACCAGAGCUUCAGCGACCUGCACGAGCUCCUGGAGCUCGACCUGAAGCACAACAGGCUGAGCCACCUCUCAACCCAGCUCUUUGCGGGCCUCAGCAACCUGGAGUACCUCUUCCUCUCCUCCAACCAGCUCCUGGAGAUCUCCCAGGACACCUUCAGCCCGCUCAAGAGACUCUUCUGGCUCGACCUCUCCCAUAACCAGCUGGAGACGCUGGACACCGCUGUCAUCUCCCCCCUGGCCAACCUGAGGUACCUCAGCCUGAGGAACAACUCUCUGGAGACCUUCUCGGUGGGCUUCCUGUGCCCUCCCGUGGCCCUGGAGCAGCUGUGGCUGGGGGGCAACAACUGGCACUGCAACUGUUCCCUGAAGGGCCUGAGGGACUUCUCCCUGCAGCACCCCGGGGUGGUCCCGCGCUUCGUGCAGUCGGUGGCCGAGGGGGACGACACCCACGUCCCCAUCUACACCUACAACAACCUCACCUGCCUCCACCCCCCGGCCGUGGCAGGCCUGGACCUCCGUGACACCACUGAGGACAGCUUUGCCCACUGCUGA